GAGAGAAGAUGUUAGCUGCUUACCCUAGUAUCGAGAGGGAAGGGAAACAUAAAUGGAGCCAGUAUGCGAAAGCACUCAGUCAAAGUAUACGCACAGAGCGUUUUAGACGUAAAAGAAAAAGCCUUCCUGUAACUCAAGAACAACAGCUGCCCCCUAAAAGAUUCACCAUGGGGAAGCACACAGUUACAGACGCCAGCAGUGCUCUUCCAGAAGAAGAGUUUGAAAAGCAUGUUCUUGAAAUCCAGAAGGUUUGGAAUACUUCAGCAAGCAGUAGCUCACAUGUAGAUAUGCUGCUUAGGGAAUCCUACUGCAACAGAAGACAAUGGUUGCCAUAUCUACCAAAUGGAAAAUUGGCACCAAUACUGGAGAAAUUCCCAUGUUUUCAAGAGUCAAGCUAUGUAAGUAAAGAAAUUAUGUUAAUCCUUGUUGUUUUUGCAUGCAACUAUUAAUUUCAUUUCGUUUGAUAACCAUUCCUUCAAAUUCUGUUGUUGAUGAUUUUAUUUACUUAUUUCUAAUCCAUAAUUUCGAACAAUAGUGUUUGAUUUUCCUUUUUUGUA